UAAUAAUUCUUUCUUCCUAUCUUUAUGCAAUACUCUACGUAUACUAGAAUGUACCUGCGACGUACCUCCCCUGCUAGCUGUGAUAACAUGUUAAAUAAACUUUCAGACCAAACAAUGGACUCUAGUAAAGUGGAAUCAGCAUUAAAGAAAUUAAAUAUAUCCUUGGAUCUCUGGAAGGUUAAAGUGCGCGCCGGUCAAAUUCUACUAAAGGAUAUUUUGACCAACCUUUAUCCUGCUGAGAAAGAGCGGGAACCUCUGCCGGCCGACGAUAGUUUACAGCAGGCCUGUGAGGGGUUGACCGACGUGUUGAGAGAGCUCCAGGAGGUUGUAAAUGAUGUUGAGGUUGCGAGGUCACGGUUGGCUGCCCUCUCUAACCUGGUGGGAGAGGGAGAAUGUAUAGAAUUGAAAAAUAAUAUUGUGAAUGUUAGAGAACUAAGAGACUGGGUUAUUAACAUGCAUCUAGAAUAUAAAGCACAGUUGUCUUUGAACGAGAAUGUGGUCCGAAAUAUCUGUCAUCUGUCUAAUAGAGAGCAAGCUCUAGUUCACCUUGCAGUCUGGAGUACUCAGUCGGAGAUACGACAACAAACUGAAUUUUACUCAACCUGUAUCAAACAUCUUGUUUCACAACCUUUAUAGCAUGUGUUACUAGUCGUCUUUUUCUUACCAUAUAUUUUUUCUGAUUUAAAGGGACUGUAGUUUUAUUGCAAGUAACAUCUCGUUUAAAGAAGGAAAUGCCUAAUUCAUCACAAGGGAAAAUUUAAGUUUUUAAAGUAAAAAUGUAUUUUUGAUCAGAACAGCUGUUAAAGGCACCACUAUCGUUAAUCGGACAUGCCACUCUAAAAAUUAAGAGUCAGUUUACAUUAAGUUUACAAUCCCUGUAAAGAAGUUUCAAUUUUAAAUUUGUUCAGAUGGAUUCUGAAACUUUGAACUUAGUUAAGGUGUUUGUCUUAGAGUUAAAACUGUUGUUUUCUACCAGAAGCUGUUGAACGUACCUGAAUUUUUUUGACAUUAUAUUUUAUUUCA